UUUGUUUUUUGUUUUUUUUGGAAGUCAGUGAAGACCAGGACUUUGUAGGAACUUGGAACAUACUCACCUUCUUUCAACCGUUCCUAAAAAGAAAAUAGAAAUAAAAAGAUUUGAAACACCGGGAAAAGAAAAACGACAUACCACAGACUCAAACGAAACAACAUCAGCAAACCAACCUUUGCACGUGUAAGAAAACACACACUUCAUGAUACUUACAACUUUCUUUUCUUCUUCAUCAGAGUUAUCUGGGCUUGUAUCCUCCCCGGAGGAAUUUGAAAUAGAAUCUCUUUCAUCAUUCUGAUGCAUGAUUCUUCAGUAUUUUCCCUUUUCUCGUGAAGAGAAACAGCCACAAGACGUACACAACAUCCAAACUCACUCAGCUUAGUUCGCCAUAUUGGACGCGUACAUUUGGGGAAACUGGAGAGCAAAUUGCUUAUAGUUGCCCCAGGUCUCUCGCAAUCACAUGGAACGCCUGGCAUAGAACUUCGAACGAACGACUGUGUUUAUUGCGUUUAUUAUUUCCACCUUCCGUCUAAUCGUAUAUCAUGCUAAGCAAUGGCAAUUACUAGCAUUUACGAAUGGAUUGCUUUAAGAGAGAAUUCAAGCGAUAUAAGCAGCGUCAGCCUCCGCCUGAUCUGUCCGAAGUGAUUGACUUCGCUGAACCCGAGGCACAAGCUUUCAAGAAAUGGGUCUUCUCAUCAAGGAUACAAAUUUCAGAUUUAGAAGGAGCUUGUGACAUGGGAUUGAGGCCAUGUAAAGAAUGGUGUGUUUAUGACAUUCAUGGCCGUCCAGGUAGUUUUGCAUGGUUGGCUUUUGAUUUUCAAUCUUUGAGCAGCUUGAUUUUGAGCUCAGUCAUGGUUUACACAAUCCGUGUCAGUCUUUGCCAUCCAUGGCCAUCCUUGUUCCUUUAUGAAUCUUAUUCUUGGCUUGUCCAGGUAACAACUGAGUUGCGUUUUUUUUUUUUAUUUUCAUCUUUUCAGACCUACAGUAAAACAAGACACACGGAGUUUCCACCUGAUUUAGGGAAACUUGUUGAAUUUAUUGCUACAGCUCUUCAAUUUCCAAGCUUUAAGCCAGAGGCAGGAAUAAUUAACUAUUACCAUUUGGACUCCACUCUAUCUGGGCACACUGAUCACUCAGAAUUCGACCUCACUGCCCCUUUAUUCUCCUUGAGCUUUGGCCAAUCAGCGAUCUUCCUUCUUGGCGGGAAAACGCGGGAUCAAGUACCGCUGGCAAUGUAUCUGCGCAGUGGAGAUAUCAUGAUUAUGGCGGGAGAUUCACGCCUGGCUUACCACGCUGUGCCGCGAAUUUUGGCGCCAAAGAAGCGCACAGGCGAGGCAGCGUUACCUGCAUGUUUAUCAAGAGGAGAAGAAGAAACAAGCGCACACUGUAGUGAGGAGAUUGCCAUCCUUGAACAAUACCUCACUACUUCAAGGAUAAACGUCAACGUCAGGCAGGUUUUAGGACCGGGAAAAGAAUUUCCAUUCGAUGAUCACGAGGGAAAUAGAUGAUGGAAAAUAAUUCUUGUCUAAGGAAUGAGGUCUUUUAAGAGAAGAAGAAACAUAGGUAUAAUAGACAGAUCGGCUAAUGUGUAAACAUUCUUUUUGCCACUCAUUUCAGGUCAUGUGAUGUUUCACGUGAGAGGUUCAAUGCAAUCAGUUGUGUGUGACAAAUUGCACAGUGGUAACCUCCGAAAUGAAUCAUCACGUGAUCUGAAUUGGUUAGCAACAAAGAUGUAAACACGUUAGGGAAUCCGUCUAUUGAUGAAAAAUGACGAGCCAACGAUGUUGUCUACUCGGGCCGCUGUUUAACGCCGUCGUGAACAGUCGACUAAAAAGCUCCGACUCUUUUCACAGUCUAACGACCUGCUGGGUUUGAGGCAAUAAUUUGGAGUAAACACUCAGGAAAUUAAUUUUAUUUAUGAUUCUUCUGCGCGCAUCUGUCCGUGAUCUCUUCAUUGAUCACAUCACUGUCAAGAGGUGGGUGUCACGCAUUUCACGCGCAUGUUGUCGAUGAACUUAUUUGUAAUCUUUUUGAUGAAAAUAUCAGCCGUUGAAAAGGAAAGUUAAAGUACGCUCAUACUUAUUAAUAAAAUUAAUAUAAAUAUCUUAAUUGACCACUCCCGCAAUGUAAAUGAUGAAACAAAUAAUGCAAAUGAACAUAACAGGGUUAAAAAUACCAAUUGGCAGGGGGCAGACCGGACUUCGUUGGAUUGUUACAUUUGGGUUACAGAUAUUCUAUAUUGCUAGUUAAGGAGUAAUUUUGACAAUUUUAUAAGCGUGUUUUUUUGCAUUCAAAUGAGAAUAAUGUGAACCGCGCGCGCCACUAAUUGUGUCAUAAACAUGUGCAUACUAGAACGGUUUUCAACUGAUUGUCGUAAAACCGAAACUAAACCAGUAACUUAGCAAUUAGACUACUCAGCCAAUCUCAAAUCGCAGUAAAACCAACACCAAAGUAAUUGUCUGAUUACUUUCGACACUCAAUUGAAAAGUGCUCUAUGACGUCUGUUAAACAAAUUAAUUGCAUGAGACAAGCUCGUGCGCAAUUCAAUCCACACCAGGUCUAUUCUGCCAGGACUUCGUGCAUUGCGAUAUGGCAAAGAAAUUAUUUGUGGCGUUUUUUAGUCUUUUGGUCAUAUUGGAGAUGACAGCAAGUUUUUCUGUUUUCCCUUACCACACUGAUCAAUCCGAGCUGGAAUCUGGAGCCGAGUCCAAGAAACCUCAAGAUCAGAGAAUACCCGAAGCAUUUGCGCAAGGAAAGCGGGACGUUUUAUUAGCGUUUGCCAGGAUUCAAAGAUCAUCCAAACCAGCGCGUGAUUAUGAUGUUCACAGUCACAAACAUGCCGGGCACAGCUUGUCCCAUCUUCAUUUGUCGAAAGAUCAAAGCAAAACUUCAAACUCGAAAAAGGGUGCGGCCAACCGCAAGAGUCCUAAAUUCAUAGCGAUCUCUAUCUUCUUGGGAUGUUUGGCGUUCAUGUCUCUGGCAUUUGCUAUAGCGUGUUGUGUGCACCGCAGGAAUCAGAGCGAGCGAGUCAAGAAAGCGACUGAGGUCGAUGUGCGAUCACGUGAGGAUCUUCCAAAUCAGGUCAGCAAGAUUGAAAAUGCGCACGUGGAUGUGGGUAGCUAUUAAGUCUUUUCGAUUGGACAAGGCGACCUGCUGUCUUCCAUUUCUUUCAACUGGAGAUCACAAACUGUCUUUUACAACUUUCUUAGUGAUUUUUUUUUGUGUUUAGCUCUAAAGUUGAGAGCAAAUAUCCAUUCAAAAACUAUUUGCCAAUCGGUCUGUUUUUAAUUCCUUACACGUUAUUACGCUAAUAAUGGCUUCGCAGGCUCAACAAAAUAAAUAUUCCACAAAUCAAAUGUUGCGAGUUUAAAGACAGUUGUCAUUCUGUUGCCAUUAGAAUUUAAAUGUGUGAAGUGUUUUCUUAUGGCGCGCUAAUCAAUCGAGGAAAGCGGUUUCGGGUGACCACUUGCAAAGAUGAAACUAAUCCAAGGCAGCUGCAGUCAAACGCGGCUUUCUCCCAGGCCAUCCCCGUCAACCCGUUCCGGCGACGUAGCCGAGACGAACGGUCAGGACCAUGUACUAGAAACCGAGUGACCGCGGCCAGAUAUUUAGGCCUUGGAACUAGGCUAUUCCAGAAUAAAGGUGGCGUAGGUUAUUCAUGAUUUUGGUCUGAGAAUCCAAAUAUCUGGGUAGUGAGCCGAGCCGGUGAUCCAGAGUUAUUUUAUUUGUUUUCAAAAUGCUUUCUUUAGUUAAGGUAGCAAACGAGUACCGGUAAAUUGCUAAGGUAACGUGACAAAACCGAAUAGCAUCGGCCAUCCAGGGGGGAGUAGCUGGACAUUCUGUUGACAACGUAAUGGAAUGUCGAAAAACCCUGGGAAUUUGAAGUUUAAAGUUUUUUUUUUUUAUUUUGUCGAUAAGCUACCUAUGGAGACUUUCUUUGAGUUCCUCGCUCAGUCUUUCUUCGAAGAGCACACGCGACGAGUCUAAUUCGAAAUCCUGUGAAGUGGGCUAUUUACAAGCCUUUGAAUUCACGCCUCACCCUAAGGCAUGACUUCUCAGCUCUCAGAGAAGUUGCGGAAAGAAGUCACUGUGAUAUGUAAAAAACUGCUGCUUCUGCGUGCCAAGAACCGUCGUCUCUCCUUGAUGUGACGUCUUUUCAGUUCCUCGACGAUUUCACAAAACCUUCUGUGAAAGUUGUUCACUUCUUGACGCAUUUCUCGUCGUACAGUCGCGAGAUGGUUGUAAUGGUCUGUGUAAUAUAAGCAUAAUUAAUUAUGUUAAUGAUAGAUUGAGGGCAGUCUGUCUCAGUUUAAGUUUAUUAACAUUAUUUUUGUCAUGUUCCAUCGGCCAAGUGCAUUGAUAAAGUGAACUAUGUAUAAGUUUAAGUUUACUAAAUUAAUAUUAUUUUUGCCACAAAAUAAAUUAAAAUAAAUUAACAAAUAUCAAAUCUGUGAGGCAAGGAAAGGCUUAUGUAAAGAACUACUUAAGUUAGAGAUCUCAAAGACUGCGAUUCGCGACGUGCUUCAUCCAAUCCCUUCCUUUCUAGAUGCGAUUCACAAUGUCCUGAGAAGUCAAGUCCUUCCGGAUCUAUAGUAAAUAUAGGUGACAGACCGGGGGAGCUGUGAUGGUGGUGGAGGGGGUGGGGUUACGAGAUGUAAACAUCUGCUUAUGGUAUGUCCCCUUACAGUGUGGGUAUUACCAUCAAUAAAAAAGACCAGGGACGCGCUGAAUCAUGCACACUGUCGUGUUUGUCGGUCGGUUUCUUUUCCCUUCCAACAUAAGUUAAGAUUAAUUUUCUACUUACCUAUGCUAUUUGAACGUCGUUUUGAUGUCCAGUGUAUAUGAUAAACCAGUCCACAAAGAACAGCCACAGCAAAGAGAGCCAACAGGAAGAAAACACUCAAACGGAACUGGUAAGCGCUGGGGUCAAAAAGUCCACCGCUUACAUCCUCGACAGGAUCCUCUGCAAUGGAGUCUUCGUAAGUCUGGAAUAAAUUAAUCGUAUAUCAUUACUCAGUACACACAGGUCCUUACUCUUUGAGGCUUGUCACUCAACACGUUGAUUAAACGGAAAAACGCGGUAAACGAAGAGUUUUCAGGGCUUAUGAGCUUGUUAUACUUCCUGGUUCAAAGCGUUUUGGGUCUUACAAUCUGUUUGGAAAAGUGUUCCUCAGUGCGUCGUUGAUGUUCUACAAAUUAUAUAUACGAGUUUGAGAAACUCGAAAAUUAUGUAAUGAGACUGCUUUUAUUUUACGUGGACUCGGGACUGUUCUUCGCCAGCCAUCAACCUUUAGAGAAGACUUUUUGUUAGAAAAAUAGACAGAGAGGAAAGAAAAGGAAAAGAAAGAAAAAAGUUGCUCAAACUAAAACAGAGCAAGCAGGAAGUUGCUAUGCAUGGGUUUCACAAAAUUAACUUUUAAAUUACCAUUGGCCUCUUUACUGUUUGUUCUAUUUUGUGAAAGAUGUCUCCCUUGUUCAGUUUAACAAAGUCAAGGAAGCACUUCUCUAGCUUCAUAGAGACCCCUGCCAGCACUACUCCGUACGUCUUUUGAUAGUCAUACACGUUGAACACCCGCAGCUUAGGAUUGGAGGAGAGAUCCUUGUGGGUAGAGACGACGUACAAGUCAAUAAGAGCACCUUCUACUUCUUUGUUCAUCAUCGCUCU